AUGCUGGAUGAUGAUGAUGAUGAUGAUGAUGAUGGCCUUCUAAGGCGUGGGGGCUCGUGCCAGGGCCCGGUAGGAGCCGGCACCAUUGCGUCCAACAAGUGGAGUGCCAACGGCAGCCCGGAGCAGGGGCUGGAGGAUGGGGGUGAUGAGCUGGACAAGGCCCUGGAUGGAGACGCCGAGGGUGUGUGGAGCCCCGACAUCGAGCAGAGCUUUCAGGAGGCACUGGCUAUAUAUCCGCCCUGCGGACGGCGCAAGAUCAUCCUGUCGGACGAGGGGAAGAUGUACGGUCGCAACGAGCUUAUUGCCAGAUACAUCAAGCUGAGAACAGGCAAAACCCGCACAAGAAAACAGGUAUCUAGUCACAUACAGGUGUUAGCGCGGAAGAAAGUUCGAGAGUAUCAAGCAGGUAUAAAGGCCAUGAACUUGAUGGCGGCACUUUCCUCCGCUCAGAUCGUGUCCCCAAGUCUAAUCAAAACCUCUCUUCCACCUCUUCCACAGUCCCCUUACCCCCCGUCUGCACGGUUCUGGCCGACCCCCAUCCCAGGUCAACCCGGACCCUCUGAGGAGCUGGUUCUUAAGCACAAUCCAGGAAGAAGUCCUGGGCUUGUCCGCACCAGCUACGCCAUCAAGCCAUUUGCACAAACUCCUUACUCAAACAUACCUGGACCUGUUCAACCACCCUUAGCGUAUGAGUCUCUGGCCCCUCCUCUCCCGCCGGUUGCCACCGCAGUGCCCGUGUGGCAGGAUCGCACCACUGCCUCCUCCAAACUGCGCCUUCUGGAGUACUCUGCGUUUAUGGAGGUCCCGCAGGACCAGGACUCUUACAGCAAACACCUGUUUGUUCACAUUGGCCAGACCAACCCCUCCUACAGCGACCCUCUGCUGGAGGCGGUGGACAUCCGACAGAUCUACGACAAGUUCCCCGAGAAGACGGGAGGACUCAAGGAGCUGUACGAGAAGGGCCCUCAAAACGCCUUCUUCCUCGUCAAAUUUUGGGCGGAUCUGAACAACAGCGGCGUUCAGGAUGGACCGGGCUCCUUCUACGGAGUCAGCAGUCAGUACAGCAGCUCAGAGAACAUGACCAUCACCGUCUCAACCAAAGUCUGCUCUUUCGGGAAGCAAGUGGUGGAAAAAGUGGAGACAGAGUACGCUCGUGUCGAGGGAGGGAAGUGCCUGUAUCGGAUCCAUCGUUCUCCCAUGUGCGAAUAUAUGAUCAACUUCAUCCACAAGCUCAAGCACCUGCCUGAGAAAUACAUGAUGAACAGCGUAUUAGAAAACUUCACCAUCUUACAGGUGGUGACCGACAGGGAAACCCAGGAGACUCUACUGUGUAUAGCGUUUGUAUUUGAAGUGUCUACGAGUGAACACGGGGCACAAUACCACGUCUAUAGGCUCAUUAAAGACUAGCCCCCGCCGCCGCCAGACUUCAGGUGCUUUGCACAGUGCCUCCAUCACACGUAUGGAGGAAUAUGCCAAAUUGUCCAAACAUUGGAGGAAUACGCCUAAAUGUUACAAAAAAACAUGUUUUGCUUUCGUUCUAAACCUGGUACAGAAUUUGAGUCUUUGAGGACAUAAAACAUAAAGUAUUACUCUGUUUAUAAAAAAAAAACCUAAAAAAUUUUUUUUUGUACUUGUUUUUAAAUGCCUUAAAUACAAAAUGAGUUGGUUUUGGUGCAUAUACAGAUCAAAGAUGUCUUUUAAGCUUGGUUGUGUCUCCAGAGGGAAUGUGAAUGAGUUUUGAUGGGAAAGAAUGUCAUGAAAGACAAUGUGUGCCGUUUAUGCAGCAUUUUACAAUGAUUUAAGGAAGAAAUGUCUCAUUUUACCCUAAAAUCGUAAGGAAAAAUAUAUAUAUUUUGGAUAAAGAAAAUGAAGGCUAUUUUUAGGACUACUUUUGCAUGUUAUAUUCACGAACCCGAAACUCUUAUUAUAAUGCAAGAGAAGA